GGUUCGCGGUGCAUCGACGUCAAUGAAGAGGAAUCAGCGAUGCCAAUUGCCAUGGGUCAUGGCCAUGACGAAAGGCAACGGCAGGGGAGGUAUCCUCGCCGUAUCAGUUCGCCGCAACCGUCUCAUCCCAUGAUACACCAACACUACCUACACCAAUGACCUCACAACCCAGUCUUGGCGCCCUCAACCCACCCUCGCGCUCUGUCCGAGCUCUCGCGAGCUUCUGGCUUUCUUCCCUGUCGGCGGUUGCUUGGCUUCGCACAUGUUUGGCCCAAGACGUCAAGCGCCAAGCGCCAAGCGCCAUGUGCACCCCACCCAGCACACCACUCACCACCCACCACCCACCACCAAGGCGUUCUUUGUCUCCUCACACACACUUUCUCGCACAUCAGACCGGUCCCGGCCAAAGCGUACUACGUACUUUUCCCGGUUGCGCCACCGCCAACCGAGGCCGGGGAGCCCACACUGGUGACUUUUCCUUCGGUGCUCGACGCCGACAGCGCGGCGCCGCGUGCUUGACGUCACGGGACCCCCCGAACGGCCUUCCUCCACCACGCCAACCACCGCCACCACAGAUAGCAAGAGAGCCAAGAGCCGAGAGCCAAGAGCCAAGACUCGCCCCCCCUGGUUGGUGUCGUCGAAGCCGUGGGGAACAAGCAAAGCAGAGGCGGCGGCUUCUUAGCUCUGACUCGCCGUCGCCGUCGGGAUGGAGUCGUGCCAAGAGCCCCAAGACCACCAAGACCGCCGGGGGCGUGAGAAGACCGCCCCUCCGGGUGGGCUCCUCAUCUGGAAAUCAUGACGGGGAGUUGGCAACGGCAUUGGCAGCAUGGCGGGCUCAAUGUCUAUAUAUGACCGGGACCCCGCAUCCCCUCCGCCAAGGUCCUUUCUUCUUCCAGUUGUAAAUCAUCAAACGGGAAAAGGCCAAUUCAAUACAGUACCGAACUAGUACUUGUGUUUGAUACCCAGUAGUCGCUCUCUUGCAUUGCCGAGCUUCAAUCGCAUCUUGCUCCACGUCAAUGACGUCUGAGUAGACUUUAGCACCACA